AUGGCUCCAGUACAAAGUGAAGACGUCUCUUUGUUUCACAUCGAGCGCAUAUCGCAAUACGUCUGCAUCCCACCCUCAUGUCUCGCGGAUCCCUUCUCAGCAGUAUGCGCAACAGUACUAUCACCACUACUCCUCACGUACUUUCCACCUGCGAAGGGCGUAGUACUCGCAUACGAAAAUGUAGAGCUGCAAAGUACACCGCCCGCCGUAUCGGAUCCGAAAUCCAAGAAUAAAGCACAGUCGCAACAAAGCGAGUCUAGUUCCAGCGACGAUGCGCCUGCUGAGCCGUUGCUACUCAGGCAUGUCGAUGAAUACGCAGCGCCGUUUCUUUGGGUCACAGCCUCUUUCAUCGUAUGGCGCCCAACUCGAAAUGCAUACCUCACCGCGCACAUCACCGACCAAGCGAAGACGCAUCUCACACUCGCACACCUCAACACCUUCCCCGUGAGCAUACUCAAGGAAUGCCUUCCCUCAGAUUGGUCGUGGCAUUCGGAAGAAUCCGGUCAAACGAAGCAGGGAUACGAUGGCAAAUUGUCAGACGAGGGAGGCUGGUGGGUGAACGGCGACGGAGAGAAGGUGGAGGGAGAGCUACGAGUGAGGAUACGAGACGUGGAGGGCAGGAUGGAUGGAAAAGGAAAGGGCAAGGGUUUCUUGCGCAUUGACGGUGCGCUGGUUUCUGAGGAGGAGAUCAAGGCGGCACAACAGAAGGCUGGCAAGGGGAAGAGAAAAGCGACUACGAGCGCGAUGAAGGCGCAACCACAGAAGCAGGCGGAGAGAGAAGUCAUGGAGAUCGAUUCGGAUUAG